AUGGGGAUGCUUAACGAUGUCUACACUGAUCUAAAGGGUUUCAUGAAUCCUGGACAUAAGACCCAGUUUUCGAAUUCCAUGAUUGAUGUGCUCGACAUGUUUGAGGUGGAAUCAAGUUGGCUUCACAAGAAACUGGUUCCCAACUUUGAGAUUUAUAUGUGGAUGAGGGAGGUAGCGGCUGGGGUUAUCCCUUGCAUGGUGGCAAUGGACUUCCUUAACAAUUUUGGGCUGGAAGAGGAAGGAGUGCUCAUAUUCAAACGCUGGAAUAGCAACUGUGGCUUAAACAAGGCAAUGGAGAAAGUUGCAGAAAUGGUUCAGGAUUUGGAGAAAGAGUUUGCUGACAUCAAACAAAAGGUUCUGUCAAACAAGGACUUGAACAAGGGAAAUGUCAUGGGGUAUGUGCAAAGCUUGGAGUAUUUCAUGGCUGCAAAUAUAGAGUUUAGCUGGAUCUCUGCGAGAUAUCAUGGGGUGGGAUGGGUUUCACCAGCUGAGAAAUAUGGUACCUUGGAGUUCUAG